AUGGCUUCCUCGCCCCCCACCGUGCCCCACUCCUUACCGAACGGUGCAAAUGGAGGAGAUCGUUCGAUUCGGGCAGAUGCCCUGAAAGGCGACUUCCAACUGUUGGUCGAACAUCACCUCGAGUUCGCCCAGGACGUCAGGGUCGUGAAAUGGAUCAGUCAGAGUACCGGGUUGAAGGUCGUGUGGUGUGAUGUCGAAGGUACGCCAGGCAAAUGGAGAGAUUGGAUGGUGGUGGUGGUGGGCGCUGAUUGGGUGUGUGCUCUGGGUGAGACAGGCCCUCUGGUGCAGGGUUACUUUGCGACGAUUACCGAGAUCUUUGAUGAUACCGGACGGCCGCAUACACUCGUCAGUGAAGAGGCAUAGAAUGAGCGCUUCCGCACUCCAAUGAUAUAACCCACUUCUUUUGUCACGGCCGUGCACAGGAACAUCUCAUCUUUAUGGGCUCGGAGCAGUCAGUCACUCCCGCCCCGAUUCGCUGACCUAGCGUCGGUAGCUUAUUAGGUCCGAGCACGCUCCUGCCUCGAACAGAUACCCUUACAAAGGCAUCUUGGACACCUUGGCCAACCGAUCCUUUGCGCAAGGAACGAACGCGUCAGUCCCGCUUGAAGGCUUCCUCUUUUGAAAAAGUCAGAAACCCUGACUCGGUCAUUCUUUCGUGAACCCCCCCGCCCCCCACAAAUCAAAAGCUGGACCGACACCUCCAACACGACCUACACCGUCGGAACCGCAGGCCAACAAGGCUUCCUCUCCAUCACCCCGCCCUUCCUAGACCACAUCCUCUACCCGACCAUGACCGACGCCGCCUUCGUCACCGAAGUCCAUCACCUCAAUCCCAAAGGCGAGGAUUCGGGUGUGGUUUUCUCCGAGAUGCAAGGCAGGGAGAAUGGGAGCGGCGAUUUGAUGCAGUUGAGGUUGCAGAGGUGUUUGUAUGACAAGUUGAAUGCGUUGAGGAGUGAGACGGGCGGGUUGAUGGAGGCGUUGAGGAAGUUGAACGUGCAGGAUAGUCAGUCGUUUCUCGAGCGGACACGCCAUUUCACGCGGACUGACGCACGUAUGAACGUACAGUUCGAGAGUACCAUGCCGGAGCUUAUCAACCCCAAAACGUCACCUUGAUCGUCGUUGGUCGAUCCCUGAAACCCGAAAACCUCCUCUCGACACUGGAACGUGAGGUGCUCCCUACGAUCGUCAAACACGGCCAAGCGCAAGGUCCCCGUCCCCCAGGCUGGCGUCGUCCCUUCGUCGAAUCAACGACCGCUCAAAACCCACCCCAAAUCCCAGCACAAGGCUUGACGGAAACGGUCAAAUUCCCUGAACAAGACGAAUCAGUCGGGGAAAUCAUGCUCUCGUGGAUCGGUGUCCGAGCCAACGACUUCGUCCAUGACUUAGCCCUCGAAGUCCUGGGUGAAUACCUCACCGAUUCCCCCGUAUCGCCGUUAUACAAACAAUUCGUCGAGGUCGACGAGCCGGCCUGCACGGACAUCUCUUUCUACGCCUCAACGGAGGAUCCGACGAUCUUGACCGUCUACCUAUCGGCCGUCCCUGCGGAAUUAUUGAAGACUCUUGACGCGACGUUCAAAGCGUUCUUGAAGACGUUGUGUGAGGGGGAUGUGGAUAUGGAGAGGAUGAAGAGCGUGUUGAAGCGACAGAAGCUGCAAUUGUUGGAAUCGAUCGAGACCAAUGCCGCGGAUAUGUUGUCGACGAAUAUUCUGGCUGGUCAGCAUCUAGGAACGGUUCAUGAUCUCGGUGGCAGUCCCAGUGCUAAUGAUCGUCGUCAUUUGCAUUCUGAACAGAUGCCAUCUUUGGUCCGGAGGAUGGGUCCGAAUUGGGCAAGUCGAUGGAUACGAUGACCUACUACAGACAGUUGGAAGGCUGGUCGUCGGCGCAGUGGAUCGCGUUGCUGGAAAAGUUAGUCUCCCCAAGCAGACACAUCGAAUCGAUGGACUGACGUGGCCCACCCCAUUCCCUCCUUGCAUAGGUACUACGUCAACGCUCCCAACGUGACCAUCAUCGGCCGCCCCUCGGCCGCAUUAGCCGACCAACUCGCCAAGGAAGAGAAGCAACGCGUCGCCGCAACCGUCAAGCGUCUAGGACCCGAGGGCCUCGCCGAAUUAGGGAAGAAGCUCGAAACCGCCCAAGCGGAGAACGACCGACCAAUCCCUUCCGACAUCAUUUCGAAUUUCAAGGUUCCUGAUGUGGAGGGUAUUGAUUGGAUCAAGGUCGAGAGUGCUAGGAGUGCUGGAGUGGCGAAGGAGGUUGGACCGGUGAGCGAUAAUCAGGUGCAGAAGCAUGUCGAUCAGGACGGGAGCAAGGUGCCGUUGUUCGUGCAGUAUGAUCGUGAGUUUGGGAACGAGGACCCCAGCGCUCUGCACGUGAGGGGAGGAGAGCUGAUCGUUCUGCAUCCGACAUCCAACAGACAUCAACUCCAACUUUAUCGAAGUCUCCAUCGUCCUCUUCAUCACCGACAUCCCUUCCCAAGACCCUAAACACCUCCGUUCGCUCCUCCCCAUCUACCUCGACUCGUUCUUCUCCCUCCCCGUCACCCGAGCCGAUGGGACGAUGCUCGAUUUCGAGGAAGUCGUACGACAACUCGAUGCCGAGACGUUGUCGUAUAGUAUCGAUCUUAAUAGUCCGUUGCAGGAAGGGGUUACGUUGAGGGUGAAGGUAGAGAAGGGGAAGUAUGCGACGGCUGUGGCUUGGCUGGGCGAUUUGUUGUGCGGGUCCAGCUUCUCAGUUGAUCGGUAAGUGUCGACUCCGUGGAUGCUUUCCUCGACUUCUCAGGGACAAAGCGACUGAUGACGUCUCUUUCUCAUACAGUCUCAAAGUCUCAACAACCAAAGCGAUCCAAAACCUGCCUUCGGAAAAACGAGACGGUUACGAAGUCGCCUACGCCGCGUACCGCCAAUUGCUCAACGACGAAGCAACGAGUACGAACGUUGCUCUCAAUUUGCUCAACAGGGAUGAGGCAUUGCCGGAGUUGUUGGUAAGGCUCAAGGGGGAGCCGGAGAAGGUGGUGGAGGAGUUCGAGGGGCUGCGUCAGAGCUGUGAGUCAUUCAGUUUUUCAGUCGAGUCCGCUGAUAUUCGUCCCCUGCCGCUGAUCUCGUGAACACUGCGAUGGUUCAUCAGUGCUCAACCCUCGAGCGAUGCGAGUCCAAGUCAAGGGUGACAUUUUGGCCAUCGAAGACCCAGCAGCGACAUGGCUAAAGCAUUACCGACCCGUGGAGAAGUUCUCUCAUUCCGAACUCGUGCCCGUCAAAUUGAGUCAGCAUGCUCUGAGCCCUCUCGGGAAAGAGCCUUCCAAGAAGGUAAGCAUCACGAGUGGGUUGACGCUCUACAAUACAAAGACUUACCGUACCAUCACCGUCUUGUGUUCGCUUCGCCCUCCUAGGUCGUUAUCUUUGGCUUGCCCUCUAUUGAAUCCUCCUUCGGGUUCCACCUCGCCAAAGGUCCGAACGACUGGAACCACGCCGACCAACCGGCUUUGACGGUCGCGAGGGCCAUCUUGAACGCGCAAGAAGGGUUUUUAUGGAAAAGUCGGUCCUUUCUCCGCUACCAGAAUACAAUCAGCCUCCCACCCCCUGAAGCUGACCUUGGUCUUUCACUUCAGGUAUCCGAGGCGCAGGUCUGGCCUACGGCGCUUCCAUAUCCCAGGACACCGAAUCCGGUACGAUCAGUUACCGAAUUUACAAAUCGCCCGACACCUACUCUGCCUUCGUCGCCGCCCAAGAACUGAUCACCUCCAUCGUCGAGAAGAAAGUGGAGAUCGACGCUUUGACUAUCGAGAGUGCCAAGUCGUCGUUGGCGUUCGAUACGGCGAAUAAGGAAUCGACGAUGAAUGAGGCGGCGAAUGCGGCGUUCAGGAAUGUGUUAGUCGGAUUGGAAGAAGGGUAUGGCAGGGUCGCGUUGGCGAGAACGAAGGUUCGAUUCCUCGAUCCUUGUUUGGAACUGUCUCGCACUUGCUGACACACACGUCGGGGGUUACAAAAAAACAGGACGUCACGCUCUCCGACAUCCUCCGCGUCAUCGAGAAAUACAUCGCCCCCAUUUUCGAUCCGUCCAAGUCGAUCGGUGCUGUCUCAGCCCACAAAGCCAAGAUCGAAGAGAUGGCCACCUCUUUCGAGAAACUUGGGUAUGAGGUUGAGAAGAGGACGUUUGGGAAUGCGGAUGACGAUGAAGAUGGGUCUUCUUGUGGUUCGGAGGGGUCGGCCUCGGGAUCCGAGUCGGGGAGCGAGUAG